AUGGGUGGAAUAAAAAUUGCCAUAGAUAGGGGUGGAACUUUCACUGACUGUAUCGGUAAUCCCGGCACUGGAAGGGCUGAAGACGAUGUGAUUAUCAAGCUCUUAUCAGUGGACCCGCAGAAUUAUCCAGAUGCCAAUUUGGAAGGAAUUCGCAGACUUUUGCAGACUUUCCAGGCCAAACAGAUCCCUCGUGGUCAACCUCUUGAUACUUCUGGUAUUGAGUCCUUACGUAUGGGUACUACUGUCGCCACUAAUGCUUUGCUUGAACGUAAAGGUGAACGAUGUGCCUUAGUUACAACCAAAGGUUUCAAGGAUAUAUUAACCAUUGGUACACAGGCACGUCCUGAUAUUUUUGACUUAUCUAUUAGCAAGCCGGGUUUAUUAUACGACAUCGUUGUCGAAGUUGAUGAGAGAGUUACACUUGAGGACUUUGUCGAGGACCCUGAUCAUAAAGUGACGCAGCCUGGCGAAAGUGAAGACCUGGUUCAAGGCCUUUCUAAAGAGACUAUUCGAAUUCUUAAGAGACCUGAUCCAGAGGCAGUUCGUUCCACUUUACAGCUUGUAUAUGAUUCCGGUAUUAGAUCCAUUGCCAUUUGCCUCAUGCACUCAUAUACAUUUGCAGAUCAUGAGAAAUUGGUUGGUAAGAUCGCUGAGCAGAUCGGCUUCACUCACAUUUCUUUAUCCAGUCAACUUACUCCAAUGAUCAAGUACGUUUCCAGAGCCAAUUCGUGUGUUGCCGAUGCCUACUUGACUCCCGAAAUCAAGAACUAUCUUCGUGGUUUUGAGUCUGGUCUUGAACAGGGUAUCCAACGCAUCUCUGAGGGUAAGAGCUCCGGUCUUAGUUGUCAAUUCAUGCAAUCCGAUGGUGGUUUAGUCGAUGCUUCCUCGUUUUCCGGCUUGAGAGCCAUUCUUUCUGGUCCUGCCGGUGGUGUUGUUGGCUAUGCUAGAACCUGUUAUAAUGCAGAAAAUAAUAUUCCUUUAAUUGGUUUUGAUAUGGGUGGUACUUCCACUGAUGUCUCCAGAUACGGUGAUGGCAAAUUUGAUCAUGUCUUCGAAACCACUACUGCUGGUAUCACUAUCCAGUCUCCCCAGCUUGAUAUUAACACUGUCGCCGCUGGUGGUGGUUCCAUAUUAUCCUACAAGAAUGGCUUACUACAGGUUGGUCCUGAAUCGGCCUCGUCCCAUCCAGGUCCCGCCUGUUAUCGUAAAGGUGGUCCACUUACCGUGACAGACGCUAAUUUGUUUUUGGGUCGCUUAGUCCCUGAGUUUUUCCCGAAGAUAUUUGGUCCUCAUGAAGAUCAAGGUUUGGACUACGAUGUUGCUCGCGCUAAGUUUGAAGAGAUGACUGAAUUGGUGAACAGUUCAAAUCCCGAUAUCACUCCAAUGACUCCCGAAGAAGUCGCCUAUGGUUUCCUUUCGGUUGCCUGUGAAAACAUGGCCAGACCGGUUAGGCAACUUACUGAAGCCAAAGGUCACGUUCUUGCUAAGCAUAGAAUGGUUUCCUUUGGAGGUGCCGGUGGACAGUGUGCUUACGCUGUAGCCCAUCUUUUGGGUAUUGGAACCAUUUUGAUUCACAGAUACUCCUCUGUUCUCUCUGCCUACGGUAUGGAACUUGCCGAUGUCGUUGAGGAGGUUCAGGAACCUGCUUCUUAUAUUUUAGGCGAAGAGUCUAGAUCCCAGAUUGAGGAUGCUCUGGAUGAACUCAAACAAAGAGCGUGUGAAGCUUUAAAGUUACAAGGAUUCAAGAAUAAUGGUGAUGUUGUCUACGAAGAAUACCUUAACUUGCGAUAUCAAGGUACUGAAUCAUGUAUUAUGGUUCCAAGAACCCCUGGUUCUAAUGAAUGGACAUUCAAGCAGAGCUUCUGCGAGAUGCAUAAGAGGGAGUUUGGUUUCUUGUUUGAUAAACCACUCAUUGUUGAUGAUGUCCGUGUUCGUGGUAUUGGUAAGGCUACGCUGAGAAAUGAUUCAUCUGUCGAUACUCAGAUCCUGGAACUUCGCCAGAAGGAUCUUAUAAAGCCUGCUAAUGAGAGUCAGGUUAGUCUUACUAAGGAGGUAUACUGGACCCAUCAGAAGGAAGUCACCAGAGUUUAUCGUCUUGAAAACCUACCCAUCGGCACCGAAGUGUAUGGUCCUGCCAUUAUUGCUGAUGGUACUCAAACUAAUCUUAUUCCUCCUGAAGGUAAGGCACUAGUGUUAAAGACGCAUUUAUUUGUUAGCCUUGAUUUGACCAAGAAGUCAAAGAAUGCAGCAAAUGGCUAUCACAAGAUAGAAGAUGGUGUGAAGAUUGAGCCUGUCUUGUUGUCUAUCUUUAGUCAUAGAUUUAUGGAUAUUGCCGAACAGAUGGGUAAUUCUCUACAGAAGACAUCUGUCUCGGUCAAUGUCAAGGAAAGGUUGGACUUUUCUUGUGCUCUUUUCGACGCUGAGGGUAAUUUGGUGGCGAAUGCUCCUCAUGUUCCUGUUCAUUUGGGCUCAAUGGCUACAUGCAUUGUUGCACAGGCCGAAAUCUGGAAGGGUAAGUUGAAGCCUGGUGAUGUUCUUAUUACCAAUCAUCCCUCUGCAGGUGGAACACAUUUGCCAGAUAUCACGGUAGUCACUCCUGCUUUUGAUAAAGGUGAGAUUAUUUUUUAUGUGGCUGCGAGAGCUCAUCAUGCCGAUAUUGGUGGGAUGUUGCCCGGUUCAAUGCCUCCAAACUCUAAAGAGUUGUGGCAGGAGGGUGCAACUUUCUAUUCCGAGCUUCUCGUCAAGCAGGGUGUCUUUCAAGAGGAGAUGGUGGUGAGAAAACUCUUACAUGAUCCGGCACAAUAUCCGGGAUGUUCUGGUUCUAGAAGGAUUUCCGAUAAUUUGUCUGAUUUGAAAGCUCAGUUGGCUGCCAAUCAGAAGGGGAUCACACUUAUUGACCAGCUCGUUGAGGAAUUUGAUCUCCCAACUAUCAUGGCUUAUAUGCAUGCCAUUCAAGAUAAUGCCGCUGAGACUGUGUCCAGAAUGCUUGACAAGGUUAUUGCUGAGCAUGGUAUUGAGACUUUGCAUUGCGUUGAUUACAUGGAUGAUGGUUCGCCUAUUAAACUACAGGUUAGGAGAAGAAAAAAUCCUGAUGGUACCGAAGGAAAGGUGGUGUUUGACUUCACUGGUUCUGCUCCUCAAGCUUACAAUAAUUUGAAUGCCCCUCAUGCUAUUACCUUCUCGGCCGUUAUCUACUGUUUGCGUUGUCUUGUUGAUGAGGAUAUCCCCCUUAAUCAGGGUUGUAUUCGUCCAAUCGAUGUCAUUAUUCCUAAGUCAUCGUUAUUAGAUCCGGAUAGUGGUUGUGCCGUUGUUGGUGGCAAUGUUUGUACUUCGCAGCGUGUUACUGAUACAAUUUUGAAAGCAUUCCACGUUAUGGCCGAUUCUCAAGGUUGUUGCAACAACUUUACAUUUGGUAGUGAUGGUUUCGGUUAUUAUGAGACCAUUGCCGGUGGUCAUGGUGCCUCUUCCAAAUGGAAUGGUGUUUCGGGUGUCCACACAAAUAUGACCAAUACGCGUAUCACAGAUGCUGAAGUGUUUGAAAAACGUUACCCGAUUAUUUUAAGAGACUUCUCCCUUAGAGAGAAUUCUGGUGGUAACGGUUUGUUUAAAGGAGGCAACGGUGUCAGAAGGGAGAUCGAGUUCAGAACACCCGUCAGCGCUUCAAUUCUAUCAGAGAGACGUGUUAUCGCUCCCCAUGGAGUUGCAGGCGGCAAAGAUGGUGCUAGAGGUUUAAAUCUGUGGAUUCGAAAAAAUAAGAAUAAAGAGCAGCUGAUUAACAUAGGCGGCAAGGCCAGUGUUGAUGUGGCUGCCGGUGAUCGAAUUGUUAUUUUAACACCCGGUGGUGGGGGUUGGGGUAAGCCAUCUGAUAAAAGUCGAAUAUCCCGUCGUAAGGCUGUCAACUAUUCCAUUGGAACUGGUUCCCUCUCUUCAAGAAAGGAACAGCAGUAUCAAAACUAG